GCGGCCGCUUCGUCGAGUUCGGACUCUGAUUCUAGUGAUGACGAGCAGCCGGCGAGUAAGAAGCCUGCGUUGGUGAAGGCGUCUCCGUCUGUGAGCAAGGCUGUUAGUGGUGUGGCUGUUGGUGGUAAGAAGGUGGUAGGGAAGCCUGCGUCGUCGAGUUCCGACUCGGAUUCGAGUGAUGAGGGUAAUGCUGUAUCAGGGAAGAAGCCAGUUGGUGUAGUUGGUAGUGGUGUUAAGACGGGGAUGGGAGUUGUCCCACAAGGUGCUGCUCAGUCUGCACAGAAGAAGAAAGCUGCGGCCGCUUCGUCGAGUUCGGACUCUGAUUCUAGUGAUGACGAGCAGCCGGCGAGUAAGAAGCCUGCGUUGGUGAAGGCGUCUCCGUCUGUGAGCAAGGCUGUUAGUGGUGUGGCUGUUGGUGGUAAGAAGGUGGUAGGGAAGCCUGCGUCGUCGAGUUCCGACUCGGAUUCGAGUGAUGAGGGUAAUGCUGUAUCAGGGAAGAAGCCAGUUGGUGUAGUUGGUAGUGGUGUUAAGACGGGGAUGGGAGUUGUCCCACAAGGUGCUGCUCAGUCUGCACAGAAGAAGAAAGCUGCGGCCGCUUCGUCGAGUUCGGACUCUGAUUCUAGUGAUGACGAGCAGCCGGCGAGUAAGAAGCCUGCGUUGGUGAAGGCGUCUCCGUCUGUGAGCAAGGCUGUUAGUGGUGUGGCUGUUGGUGGUAAGAAGGUGGUAGGGAAGCCUGCGUCGUCGAGUUCCGACUCGGAUUCGAGUGAUGAGGGUAAUGCUGUAUCAGGGAAGAAGCCAGUUGGUGUAGUUGGUAGUGGUGUUAAGGACGGGGAUGGGAGUUGUCCCACAAGGUGCUGCUCAGUCUGCACAGAAGAAGAAAGCUGCGGCCGCUUCGUCGAGUUCGGACUCUGAUUCUAGUGAUGACGAGCAGCCGGCGAGUAAGAAGCCUGCGUUGGUGAAGGCGUCUCCGUCUGUGAGCAAGGCUGUUAGUGGUGUGGCUGUUGGUGGUAAGAAGGUGGUAGGGAAGCCUGCGUCGUCGAGUUCCGACUCGGAUUCGAGUGAUGAGGGUAAUGCUGUAUCAGGGAAGAAGCCAGUUGGUGUAGUUGGUAGUGGUGUUAAGACGGGGAUGGGAGUUGUCCCACAAGGUGCUGCUCAGUCUGCACAGAAGAAGAAAGCUGCGGCCGCUUCGUCGAGUUCGGACUCUGAUUCUAGUGAUGACGAGCAGCCGGCGAGUAAGAAGCCUGCGUUGGUGAAGGCGUCUCCGUCUGUGAGCAAGGCUGUUAGUGGUGUGGCUGUUGGUGGUAAGAAGGUGGUAGGGAAGCCUGCGUCGUCGAGUUCCGACUCGGAUUCGAGUGAUGAGGGUAAUGCUGUAUCAGGGAAGAAGCCAGUUGGUGUAGUUGGUAGUGGUGUUAAGACGGGGAUGGGAGUUGUCCCACAAGGUGCUGCUCAGUCUGCACAGAAGAAGAAAGCUGCGGCCGCUUCGUCGAGUUCGGACUCUGAUUCUAGUGAUGACGAGCAGCCGGCGAGUAAGAAGCCUGCGUUGGUGAAGGCGUCUCCGUCUGUGAGCAAGGCUGUUAGUGGUGUGGCUGUUGGUGGUAAGAAGGUGGUAGGGAAGCCUGCGUCGUCGAGUUCCGACUCGGAUUCGAGUGAUGAGGGUAAUGCUGUAUCAGGGAAGAAGCCAGUUGGUGUAGUUGGUAGUGGUGUUAAGACGGGGAUGGGAGUUGUCCCACAAGGUGCUGCUCAGUCUGCACAGAAGAAGAAAGCUGCGGCCGCUUCGUCGAGUUCGGACUCUGAUUCUAGUGAUGACGAGCAGCCGGCGAGUAAGAAGCCUGCGUUGGUGAAGGCGUCUCCGUCUGUGAGCAAGGCUGUUAGUGGUGUGGCUGUUGGUGGUAAGAAGGUGGUAGGGAAGCCUGCGUCGUCGAGUUCCGACUCGGAUUCGAGUGAUGAGGGUAAUGCUGUAUCAGGGAAGAAGCCAGUUGGUGUAGUUGGUAGUGGUGUUAAGACGGGGAUGGGAGUUGUCCCACAAGGUGCUGCUCAGUCUGCACAGAAGAAGAAAGCUGUGGCCGCUUCGUCGAGUUCGGACUCUGAUUCUAGUGAUGACGCGCAGCCGGCGAGUAAGAAGCCUGCGUUGGUGAAGGCGUCUCCGUCUGUGAGCAAGGCUGUUAGUGGUGUGGCUGUUGGUGGUAAGAAGGUGGUAGGGAAGCCUGCGUCGUCGAGUUCCGACUCGGAUUCGAGUGACGAGGGUAAUGCUGUAUCAGGGAAGAAGCCAGUUGGUGUAGUUGGUAGUGGUGUUAAGACGGGGAUGGGAGUUGUCCCACAAGGUGCUGCUCAGUCUGCACAGAAGAAGAAAGCUGCGGCCGCUUCGUCGAGUUCGGACUCUGAUUCUAGUGAUGACGAGCAGCCGGCGAGUAAGAAGCCUGCGUUGGUGAAGGCGUCUCCGUCUGUGAGCAAGGCUGUUAGUGGUGUGGCUGUUGGUGGUAAGAAAGUGGUAGGGAAGCCUGCGUCGUCGAGUUCCGACUCGGAUUCGAGUGAUGAGGGUAAUGCUGUAUCAGGGAAGAAGCCAGUUGAUGUAGUUGGUAGUGGUGUUAAGACGGGGAUGGGAGUUGUCCCACAAGGUGCUGCUCAGUCUGCACAGAAGAAGAAAGCUGUGGCCGCUUCGUCGAGUUCGGACUCUGAUUCUAGUGAUGACGAGCAGCCGGCGAGUAAGAAGCCUGCGUUGGUGAAGGCGUCUCCGUCUGUGAGCAAGGCUGUUAGUGGUGUGGCUGUUGGUGGUAAGAAGGUGGUAGGGAAGCCUGCGUCGUCGAGUUCCGACUCGGAUUCGAGUGAUGAGGGUAAUGCUGUAUCAGGGAAGAAGCCAGUUGGUGUAGUUGGUAGUGGUGUUAAGACGGGGAUGGGAGUUGUCCCACAAGGUGCUGCUCAGUCUGCACAGAAGAAGAAAGCUGCGGCCGCUUCGUCGAGUUCGGACUCUGAUUCUAGUGAUGACGAGCAGCCGGCGAGUAAGAAGCCUGCGUUGGUGAAGGCGUCUCCGUCUGUGAGCAAGGCUGUUAGUGGUGUGGCUGUUGGUGGUAAGAAGGUGGUAGGGAAGCCUGCGUCGUCGAGUUCCGACUCGGAUUCGAGUGAUGAGGGUAAUGCUGUAUCAGGGAAGAAGCCAGUUGGUGUAGUUGGUAGUGGUGUUAAGACGGGGAUGGGAGUUGUCCCACAAGGUGCUGCUCAGUUUGCACGGAAGAAGAAAGCUGCGGCCGCUUCGUCGAGUUCGGACUCUGAUUCUAGUGAUGACGAGCAGCCGGCGAGUAAGAAGCCUGCGUUGGUGAAGGCGUCUCCGUCUGUGAGCAAGGCUGUUAGUGGUGUGGCUGUUGGUGGUAAGAAGGUGGUAGGGAAGCCUGCGUCGUCGAGUUCCGACUCGGAUUCGAGUGAUGAGGGUAAUGCUGUAUCAGGGAAGAAGCCAGUUGGUGUAGUUGGUAGUGGUGUUAAGGCGGGGAUGGGAGUUGUCCCACAAGGUGCUGCUCAGUCUGCACAGAAGAAGAAAGCUGCGGCCGCUUCGUCGAGUUCGGACUCUGAUUCUAGUGAUGACGAGCAGCCGGCGAGUAAGAAGCCUGCGUUGGUGAAGGCGUCUCCGUCUGUGAGCAAGGCUGUUAGUGGUGUGGCUGUUGGUGGUAAGAAGGUGGUAGGGAAGCCUGCGUCGUCGAGUUCCGACUCGGAUUCGAGUGAUGAGGGUAAUGCUGUAUCAGGGAAGAAGCCAGUUGGUGUAGUUGGUAGUGGUGUUAAGACGGGGAUGGGAGUUGUCCCACAAGGUGCUGCUCAGUCUGCACAGAAGAAGAAAGCUGCGGCCGCUUCGUCGAGUUCGGACUCUGAUUCUAGUGAUGACGAGCAGCCGGCGAGUAAGAAGCCUGCGUUGGUGAAGGCGUCUCCGUCUGUGAGCAAGGCUGUUAGUGGUGUGGCUGUUGGUGGUAAGAAGGUGGUAGGGAAGCCUGCGUCGUCGAGUUCCGACUCGGAUUCGAGUGAUGAGGGUAAUGCUGUAUCAGGGAAGAAGCCAGUUGGUGUAGUUGGUAGUGGUGUUAAGACGGGGAUGGGAGUUGUCCCACAAGGUGCUGCUCAGUCUGCACAGAAGAAGAAAGCUGCGGCCGCUUCGUCGAGUUCGGACUCUGAUUCUAGUGAUGACGAGCAGCCGGCGAGUAAGAAGCCUGCGUUGGUGAAGGCGUCUCCGUCUGUGAGCAAGGCUGUUAGUGGUGUGGCUGUUGGUGUUAAGAAGAUGAGGGAGUCUCUUGUUGUUACUAGUUCGCGUGUUAAUAGGGCUUUCAAUGUAUCGAAACCUGGAUUCAAUCGGAAACGUCGUUUCUCAUUUGUCGGUUCCUCUGAUGCUGAUGUGGGGAAUUCAGUGCGUUCUGCUGUUGAUGAUUGCUCAUUAGGUGCUUCUCGGCGUAGUGUUCCUUUUUCUAAAUUGUCAGUAUCUUCCACGCCUUCCAAUGAAUCGAGCGGUCCUUUCCGUCGUGUGUUAGAAAAUGAUGUAUUCGUCCAUCCGAAUUUACGGGACAAUUCUUUUGAGGCCAAGCGGAAUGCACGUGGAUCGUGGGGUGAAAAAGCAAAUCGCGAUUUAAAGUUUACCAGUGGAAAAGUGUUCAAACAAGAGAAAACAAAAAAGAAGAGAGGUUCUUACAGCGGAGGUUCACUUUCCUUAGAUUCUUGUUCCUUUAAAUUUAAUGAAUAAACAGCUCUUUAUUCCACAUUUUCUGUAAAUAUUUUUCCACUUACAUGCAUUUUGUAAAUAGGAAGAUAGAUAAAAUAUUCUCUGAUGCUUUGUGAUAACUUUGGAGUACUGCUUGUUGGAAGAAAUGUUUUGUUACACUUUUUGAAAUAUUUUCGUUUCAAAUGUUAUCUUUCAGUAAAUCAUGGCUAUCGCAAAAUGUAUUGUCUUCUAGUAGUGACUUGGUGGAAAUUGGUCACUGUCUAAAAUUUAAGAAUCCAUCUAUCUCAUCAUAAACAAAUGGAUAAGAUCACUUUUCCUUCAGUCUAUAGUCGGUUACCAAUGUACAUUUUUAUCAUUUGUUUCUAUAAAUGUGGUUAAAUUAAAAAAGAUACGUUUAACUCUAAACUACUUCGGUUUUAGUUUGCUUUGUUGGUUGUAUUUCUAGUGUUCGUUUGUUGUAUUGUUUUCUGUCCUUUAUAUUUCCUCUCACCGCUAAUAUGACCACUUCCAAUUUCAAAAGAAACAUUAAUGCCAGGUCCAACAGUUAUAAUGUUUAGUUUCAGUAUAUGGGAGAGUACUUUCGCGAACUUCAAGCUCAAAAGUGGUGGUAAUAUGUAGAAAAACUAGUAAUUAUGUUGAGGAACGUCUUGCAUCUGUUUGUAUUACAGACAACUCUAAUUCCAACCACAUGCUCGUGAAUCCACCCCGCACCUAUCUGCUUUGUAGGUAUACGUACACUUAAGUUAAAGAGAAUAGUACUUACUAGUAUAUAAUUUCACAUUCAUGUCUUCGAUGCUACUAUCGAUUUUUUGAAAUUGUUUUUCAAAUUGAUUUCAUCCCCCUUAAUUGUGUAUCUUCUAGUUACUUGACCCAUGUUGUCGCUGUUAAUCUCAGGUUUCUAGGACGAUCAAUAUUUCUCUACAGUUAAUUAUACUUGUUGACUAACUGAUCAUCGCAGCAUCUUUUUCUGUAAUGAUUUACGUCUAAUUGAUCGUCUUUAAUAGUUUUUAUCUUCCUAUUUACGUACAAUGAGCUCCCACACAAAAUUCGUAAAUAUUUAGACAUUCAGGCUAUAAACAAAUAAGGAAUGUACGCUUCAGAUCGUAAUGAAGUAUUUAAGGAGAUUCACUUUUUGACUUGGAAUACUCAGGUGACAGUUCUAUCUAGUAGAGACACUGACACGGUGCAAGACUUACGGAUGACCUUGAACAACAGUACAGGUAUGUUGGAGAUAUAUUUCUCUUCAUCGAAAUGCAACAUUUUGCUCCCAGACCUGUGUGCGUCAAUACCUGAGCCAAAGAGCGAAACGGUUGAGUAAGUUGAUCAUGGAAGUGUCAUCAGACGUGGCUUGCUAGUUUCAUAUGACAUCUCGACGCCUAUCCAGAAACUGCAUCCUCAUCAACGUUCAUCGCUUGUGAUGCAAAAAAGGUGCACGUUUGCUAACCAAAUCACUAGUUUACUGCGCAGCAGUUCAGGUUCUACUUUAUGGAUAUGAAACAUGUUAAUUUCAGUAUAGGAUAUUUGUAGGUCAUUAUGACUUGAUCAUAGGCGUCUUCGAAGUACUGCCGGCGUAUGUUGGUAUCACUGAGUGAUCAACCGUGAGGCUAGGUAUAACUUACGAGGUUUAUUAUGUAGUGAAUCCUCACUAAGUGAUGGUUGGGACAUAUGUUUCAUAUACUCAGCCACCGCCUACCUCGAUGGGAAAUAUAUGGUGUAGGAGUAGGCUGAGAAGCUAAAAGAGGCCAAUUCAAGACAGAAUCAAUUCAUGAAGUUAUUAGCUGUUGGACUGAGCCAUGUAAAUAGGUAUAAAUUGCCUGGUUGGUGCCCAGUAGUUAAGGUUUUAUGGUGACGACUUGAAAUCGUCCACAAUGGUUCAGGUCCAUUCACUAUGCUUUUCCUUAUAUUCUAAGUCCCAAAAUCUUAUGCUUUUUUAUUCACUUAGUCUUUUGUACUACUGCCAAUUAUGUUAUAUGAUUUGGGAUUAUUCUCUACAUACUUUCGUGUGGUGAACAUGAUCGAAAUGUCAUGUCAUAUUUAUCUUUCAAUCUAUAUGAUAACAUAAGAUCUGUUACUGUAUAAAAAAUAUCCGUUGACUUUAUCACGGACCUCGACAAUGUCCAUGAUGAAAUUAUACGUCCGUAUUUGUAUAAUUUAAUCGAGCUAUUAUGGAAAUAUUUCUGGGUUGCAUGUUUCUUCUUCGGAUGAGUAUUCCUUACUGUCUUUAGUUAUGUAUAGACAUGACAUAGUAAAGGGUACUUAAUUUUACAGCCUAUUCAUGUUCUGUGGACUGACGGAAAAAAUGUAUCGCUAACUACCGUGCUGUAAUAUUAGCAAAGCUUUUUUCACAGGUGACCUUUCAGAGGUUGUUUGUGAUCAAAAAAGAAUUAGAAGUAAAAAGUCCUGUAGAUAUUCGUCUUGAUGUGUGAUUUCCAGUGCCCAUCGUUAGAUUACGAAUACUAAGAAUUUCGACGAAUAAACUAAGGGAAACUAUUUUCAGAAUUUAUAUUUAUUCAGCUUUAAUCAGUUUCAUCGUAGACUUACUGCGCUACUUGUUUACUUUUCCAGGUUUCUAUAAAACACCUUUCACCAUAUAAGAAUGUAGUUAGUAUCAUUCCCAAAUAUCAUUACUCACAUUUAACUGAAGGAAAUUAGUCUGUCACACUAAUUUCACGCAUAUGUAGCUAAUACCGUUAUUUGAAGCUUGAUAAAUAUCCAAAUCACUUCCGGAAUUAGUUACAUGUAUUAAUUUUUUAGGCUUCUUUUCCCACUGACGAAGUUCGUUUGCUUACUUACGUAAACAGUCGUUAUGGAUUUGUUCUAAACGCUUUCAAACUCGUUAUUCAUUACUUUGAUCCCAAGAUUAUCAAAAUUGCACUCGCCAAUAAGUCAGUCCAGGUUGUCUGAAGCACUAAAAUUGUCAUAUGGUACCAAAACAAUAAAUGAUUAUAUCAAACUAUGAUAUGAACGUCUUGAAGAUUACUGUAUUCAUUUGCUCCAACUGUACAUUUUUAAAUUGUUCCUAGUCUUUAAGUUUCUUCAGUAUUGUCGUUGUUCCUCUUUUGAGUUGAAGUCAACCAUAAUUGUGAAACACUGAUAUAUUAGGUGUCGUUUUUCUGAGCAGACAGAUUUUUUUUGCACUAAUUAUCUAUACUAUUAAUCACAAUUUUGUUUACGAAUCAUCUGUUUACAAAAACAUUGAUGGUUUACUUUAAAACCUUUCUCAUCUUAUUAUAUUCAAAUUUCUGAGUAUCCCGAUAAUUGGAUACUGUUUGUCAUACAAGUAUCAACCAUACUAAUAUAAUGAUUUCAGCUUACAAUUUUUGUGCUUUCGCAUUUUCGGGAUUAGAUGUUUCAUUUAGUGUAACCUUACUAAGGAAAUGUAACUAAAAAUCGUAACCUAGACAUUUGAGAGAUUAUUUUGGAAAGUUUUACAAAACUUGUAAACUGAAUAACUCCAGUUGGAACUUCUGUGAUGAUCAACGUACGGAUGAAGAUUAAUAAUCGUUUACUACAAGUUUAUGAUAUAUUGGAGAAUCCAAGAUAUGAUACCUAGUCAGACAUUGUUCCGAACCUUACAUUAUUUACUUGAUUACUCGAUCACAAUAUUUUGCACGAGUUUUCAACCAGGUGAUAAAUUAUAUCUCUCUGACUUUACGUACUUUACAGUUAAGUUCAAACAACGUAGUUAUCUUCAGUAAAAUGCCCUGGAUUAUCAAACAGUUAAUUAAGGUCUUGCUAAUCCAAGUAGCGUUUACUUGCAUUAUAUUUCAAGUAACAUUUUUUUCUAUUUUGAACACAUUGGAGAUUAUCCAUAAAUAAAUAUUUGCUUCAUGUAAAUAGCCAUGUUUUAUUGAAUUAGUCAAAUGUAUAAACCCUAACUACUUAUCGUUCACCUCCAUAUUAAAAAAAUACCUUUAGACUAUGAAUAAGAUCUUACCAUUCAGUCGGUCGUAUGUUUCAAAUUCAGACAGUUUGCUGAUGUCGAUCAUAAUCUCAGCCCCCAAAUGCCCUGGUACGGC